CGGGGACGCUUUGCAAACUUUGAACCGGGGGAGCUCAUUCCAUCUCCCAAGCCACACCUGUGGUGCAGGAUUGUGAUGUCAAAGGUGCUGAUAUGAUGGAAAUCGAGCCAGCUCCAGUUCGUAAUGCUAAAACACUUUCCUCAGAAGAGUGCUGUAUCUCCAGGAGUUGCAGAGGUUCCGGUCUUGUGCCGCUGCUGAUCUUAGCCCAUUUGAAAGCUUCUGAAGGAGCUGGGUCUCAAAAUGAUAUGCACAAUGAUAGAUUGAAGGAGCAGAUUCUCUUACCUUAAAGUUCAAGGCAAUAUCGUCACUUGUGGAAAGAGGAUCUGCGACUACUUUCUGCAAAGAAACAACACUCAAAGUCUUAACAAGCGCAUUGAUCAGAGCAACCGGACAUCGCAUAUUGGAUCUCAGAGGCAACGCGGCCAUGCCUGAAAUGUCAGAUGUUGCAAGCAAGUUAUUUUCAGAAUUUUUGAUUAAGCGCUGCAGAAACUACUUGAAAAUGCUAGCCCUGAUUAUAGAUGAGAGAGAGAAGGAACGCUCAAGGUUUGUCAGCAAGAAUGGCUUGGUUGAUGACCCUGUUUUAGUCGAGAAGGAGCGGGUAAUGAUAAAUCCAUGGAGACAAGAAGAUAAGGAAAUAUUUAUGGAGAUGUUUGCUAAAUUUGGUAAGAAUUUCUCCAAGAUCUCCAGUUUCCUUAUGCACAAAACUACUGCCGACUGUGUUGAGUUCUACUACAAGCAUCAUAAAUCAGACAGUUUCCGAGAAGUCAAGAAAGUUUUGGACCUUCGUCAACAACAACCUGCUAGCAAUUUUCUCGGAGCAAAAUCUGGGAAGAAAUGGAAUCCCGAGGCAAAUGCUGCUUCUCUUGAUAUGCUAGGGGUAGCAUCAGUAGUAGCUACCCAUGGCCUUGAAUAUGCAAACAGAGUGGAGAAAAUCUCUGCGAAAUCCCUCAUCCGGACUGCAUAUGGGUCCAAUGUUUCUUUUGCGGCCAAAAAAUCUUCUGAUAGGGAGUGCAUUGACAAUGUACCUUUGCAUGAGAGAGAAUCUGUAGCUGCUGAUGUGUUAGUGGGAUCCGGCGGGAGCAGGCGGCGGUGCACAUAUACAGCAUGUGGCAAGAAAAAGUAA